GGGAGCUCUGCUCGCGCCCCCAGCGCGCCAGUCCCGGGGCUGCAGGGAGCGCAGCGCGCGCCGCCCGGGCCCCGGCCACCGGACGCCCUACCGGACACGACCCUCCCUGGAGCUUGGACAACUGCCCACCACGGACACUGCACCGGACACUGCCCCCCACAGGGCUGGACACUACUUCCCAGCUCCGGACAUUGCUCCCUGCUCCCUUCCCCCGGCCCUGGACGCUUUUCCCCCUCCCUCUCCGGGGGCCCGGACAUUGAACCCCCAGUAGGCUUCAGCGAUCGUCCUCUUACACCCUAACGUUGGAUACUGCCUCCUCCCUGUCCCCUUCUCCCCUCGCCUCCCGCCUCAUCGCUGCCCUGUUGGGGUCGGAGCCCCGCCAGUUUCUUCGAUCCCCUGCUGCUCCGGCAAGGCUGCCCGAGCCCCCAUCCCCCGGCUGCUCGCCCGGAUGCCUCUCCCCGGGGGAUUGUGGUGGCUCCUCUGCUGCCGUCGAGGCUUCACUCUUCUGCACCGGGACUACGGGGACGGCGAGCUUAGCGGGGACGGGGACGAGGACGAGGACGACGAGACCUUUGAGCUACGGACCCCGAGUCCAGCGGGCGGAGGGAGGGGUCCCCUGGACCUGGACGUAACGCUCACUCAGCCGGCAAGGAGCGGGCAGGUCUCAGACAGCCUGGAGGAUGGUUGCUCAGCUUGGGUGCAUGCACCCCUCGCGGUCUGGGGAGCCCCUACUGAGGAGCCCCCUGGAGGCAGAGUGGAGGCCCAGAAGCCUCGCCCAACUUUUCAUCUCUGGCCCAGGCUGCACAGCUGGGAAGAGACCUGGAGCCUCAUCCCCGAAAAGGGGCUACCGGAGGAUGACCCCGACGUCGUUGUGAAAGGUUGGCUGUAUCGGGAACCCCGCGGGGGAGGGGCGCGGCCCUGGCUGCCUCCGCGCCGGGCCUGGUUUGUGCUCACGCGAGAUUCCCUGGACCAGUUCAGCAGCAGUGGAAAGGGGGCGAGACGCCUUGGGAGCCUCGUACUCACUAGCCUGUGCUCCGUGACUGGCCCAGAGCGCAGGCCCAAGGAGACCGGUCUGUGGUCAGUGACUGUGUCUGGCCGGAAACACAGCAUCCGUCUCUGCUCCCCGCGCCAGGCAGAGGCAGAGCGAUGGGGGGUUGCAUUGCGUGAAGUGAUUGCCUCCAAGGCUCCACUAGAGACCCCCACCCAACUACUGCUCAGGGACAUACAGGAGAGUUGUGGGGAUCCAGAGGCAGUGGCCCUCAUCUACCGGCGGAACCCGAUUCUGAGACACACCAGUGGAGCCUUGUAUGCCCCCCUCCUGCCUCUGCCCUAUGGAGUCAGCGCUCCAGGUCCAGGCUACGCACCCCUGCGUGAGGAGGCGGUGCGGCUGUUCCUGGCGUUGCAGGCACUGGAGGGGGCGCGGCGCCCUGGGCCCCUGAUGCAGGGUGUGCUCCAAACCUGCCGGGACCUGCCUGCACUCCAGGACGAACUCUUCCUGCAGCUGGCUAAGCAGACCUCAGGUCCUGCUGGGCCCCCUGGGCUCCCUGCUACUCAAGACCCUGCGACUCUGCGGUAUUGGCAGCUUCUCACUUGCAUGAGCUGCACCUUCCGGCCUGGGGGAGUUGUUCGAGGGCACCUGCUGGGGCAUUUGGAGAGAACGGAGCAGGCACUCCCGGACUCAGAACUGGCAGAAUAUGCUCGCUUUAUCCGAAAAGCUCUGGGCCGGACGCGGGGCCGAGAGCUGGUGCCUUCGCUGGCGGAGAUUUCUGCGCUGAGCCGACGGCAGGAGCUAUUGUGCACAGUGCAUUGCCCUGGGGCUGGCGCCUGUCCUGUGGCCAUCGACUCUCACACCACAGCGGGAGAGGUGGCUCGAGAGCUGGUGGGGCGGCUGGGUUUGGCCCGGAGCCGGAACGCAUUUGCGUUGUAUGAACAGCGAGGGGCUCAGGAGCGAGCCCUGGCUGGGGGCACCCUCGUGGCCGACGUGCUCACCAGGUUUGAGAAUUUGACCUCGGAGGAAUCCGGACUGGAGGACUCGCCAGACUCCGGGUGGAGACUGUGUCUACGUCUUCACGGACCUCUGCACCCAGAAGGGCUAUCCCCAGAUGGUCACGAAUUGCCUUUCCUCUUUGAACAGGCUCACGCUCUGUUGCUGCGGGGCCGGCCGUCCCCGCCCGACGACACGCUGCGCGCCCUGGCGGCGCUGCGUCUGCAGAGUCUGCACCGGGACUUCUCCCCGCGGGUGCCUCUGCCGCGCCUCGACCGCCUGCUGCCGCCCCCUACCCCGCCCCACGAAGACCCACCUCGUCCUACCCCUAGGCCGCCGCCCUCCGCCGCCCUGCUGGCCGGGGCGCUCUGGAACCCUGGCCUGGCCAAGAGGCGGGCGGAGCGAGCUCGACGCGGUCGGGCCGGCCGCUCUGCUGGAAGCGCGACCUAUGAAGGAGGAGGCGGCGCCAACACGACGGCGGCGGUGCUGGGCGGCUGGAAGCGGCUGCGGGGCAUGGGCAGAGCUGAGGCCAUGGCUGCCUACUUGGCUCUGGCAGCGCAGUGUCCCGGGUUCGGAGCUGCUCGGUAUGACGUUCUGGAGCUGAGCACGGAGCCUGGUGGAGGUGCUCCACAGAAGCUAUGCCUGGGCCUGGGAGCCAAGGCCAUGUCCCUCUCCAGGCCUGGUGAGACAGAGCCCAUCCAUAGUGUCAACUAUGGCCAUGUGGCCGCCUGCCAGUUAAUCGGCCCCCACAUCCUAGCAUUAAGAGUGGGCGAUAGCCAGCUCCUGUUGCAGAGUCCCCAGGUGGAAGAGAUCAUGCAGCUGGUGAAUGCCUACUUGGCCAACCCCUCCCCAGAGAGGUCCUGCAGCAGCCCUGCUCCUCCAUGCCAAGACCUGCCAGACACUUCCCCUCCCAGCCAGCACCAAGGUCUGGACCAGCCCCAGGGACAGUCUGGCUGCUUGGGGCAGCUGCAGGACUGAGCCUGCCAAGAGGUCAUGACUUCUCUCCUGCCUCCAGCCUGGGCCAGGACUGCUCUGAGAUUUGAGGAAACCAUGAACCCUUUUUGGCCCUGCAGGGACAGGGUACACUCACACUCACAAGCUGCACUGGGUGUGGACAGUUUUCUAGUUUGUUUCUUAAUUUAUUUGUAGAAGGAAAAAGAAAAAAAAUCCAUAUUUACACAAA